CCCGCAGGCACUGCAGUAGCCGCCCUCAGCUGGCGCUGGUUGAUGACGCAGGCGGCAGCGCGGCGGGGUCCUUUCUGUCUGCCCGCUCGCCCCAAGGUGGCUGCGGAGCUCGGCGGGGGCCGCGCUGCGGGCGGGGGUCGGGGGGGACCUUCCCUCGGCGCCGGGACCUUCCCUCGGCGCCGGGCACCAUGAUGGUGGGCAGGACCAGCGCCAUCGCGGCGGGGCUCUGCGGGGCCCUUUUCAUCGGCUACUGCAUCUACUUCGACCGCAAGAGGCGGAGCGACCCCAAUUUCAAGAACCGGCUGCGGGAGCGAAGGAAGAAACAGAAGCUUGCCAAAGAGAGAGCAGGGCUUUCCAAGCUGCCUGAUCUGAAAGAUGCUGAAGCAGUUCAGAAGUUUUUCCUUGAGGAGAUCCAGCUUGGCGAGGAACUACUAGCUCAAGGUGAAUAUGAGAAAGGUGUUGAUCACUUGACCAAUGCCAUUGCUGUGUGUGGACAGCCCCAGCAGCUACUACAAGUUCUACAGCAGACUCUUCCACCACCGGUGUUUCAAAUGCUUCUAACUAAGCUCCCUACAAUAAGCCAGAGAAUUGUAAGUGCACAGUGCUUGGCUGAAGAUGAUGUUGAAUGAGGUCACACCACAACAGGGGGGGGAAAAUGUUUUCUUACCCCAGAAGAUGAGCAUCAGUAGGGGGAUAAAGGGGCAAACAUUGUAGUUAAUGGACUGUGUACCACAUCGGGUUCUACCAGAGUUAAAAUUAACUUUGUGUAGGUGGGUUUCGCAGGAUUUUAUUUAUUAUCCCAGUGAAAAGUGUAUUUUGAUAAGAAUUCAUUUUAUAAAUACACUGUGUUGAGUUAUCAAAGUAUCACUAACUUCAUUAUUAUUAAAAUAUGCAGUUGUAAUGUUGUACAUAUAAAGACAUAAAACUACAACCUAUUGAAAGCCCAAUGCUCAUUUUUGAAAAAAAAAACAAAGUUAUGGCAAUAAAGAUUUAUCUGCACUUGUGUGUCCCUAUAGUACUACUUUAAAUUUCAGCACAUUUGGGUGUCAGAGCAAAUGACUUAACAUUAAAAUUUAUUUUUAAUGUUAUGGCUGGUCUUCCAAUGCUUUUAAAUGAAGUUUAAAAUUUUGUGUCAUUUCAUGAGAAAAGAGACAUUAUUUAAACAGUAACCAUUCCUUUUAGAGAUGUGAAUUAGAAUGGUAAUAGGUGACUGGCUGCAGAGAGAGUGACAAAUCCAUUUCUGUCAGGUACAAUAAGAUCUGAAGAGAUGGAAGUCAAAACCAUGUCUGGCAAAUAUGAAAAAUCUCAAUGCAGGUGUCUGAAAUAAAGCUGUUUGGAGUAGAACUUGGGGUAGAUUGUAAGAGCACAAAGGUUGUUUUUUAGAAAGCUUGGAACCUUUUGCAAGAAGUUAACAUUUCUGUCUGUAGCCUUCAUAAAAAAUGGUUGUUAACAGUCUUCAGCAUUUCCAUUCAAAUUUUGCACUGAGGAGGUGAGAAGUGAUAUCCCUGGGCUAAGCUGGCUGAAGCUCAUGGAAUUGGAAAGAUGUUGUAAAAUUUUGGUAUGGUGUGAGACAGUGAAGUUGUAUUUAGGUAAGUGUUCCUUUGCCAAGGAAAAGGAGGCAAAUACAAUACAUUUUUUCCAUGGGGAGGAUGUUUUCUCUGCUAAAACAGAUUGGCUUCUGCUGUUCUCUGCUUUUGUUCUCUCACUGCUUGGGUGGCAGAAGAAACAAUUUAAAACCAAGCUUUAUAUUUUUGGCCUGGUGUCUAAAGAGAAGAAGGGAGGAGAAUGCCUCAAGGUGUCUUUUAGAGCAGCUGAUAGUUUGUGCCAGUGAUGCUGGUGCAUUAAUAGUGAGUUAGGAGGUGGCAUAGUCUGAGACGAAGGAAGAGCUGAGGGCUCUCCAGCCACAGCAUUCCCAUCUGUCUCAUUGCAGCCUGGGGUAAGUCUGUAAAAGCAGAUUCUUCCAAACCAUAGGUCUUAAUGGUUCAGAAAUUCCCUCAAACAGAAUAUUUGGAAAUGUUAAGUGGGUCAUGGUAACCCAGCAGCCAGGAAUAGAAAUGGCUCUGAGUCAGUCUGCUUAGGCUCUUUGCCUUGGAAGAGAUUUCCCCUUAGCCUCUUAAACAAUUUCCCAAGAUUUGAGGUGCUGUUCAGUCCUUCUGUAAUGCAACAAAUACUGAAGAUAGUGGCUACUGUGACCAAAAAUUUUUGGAAGAACUGGCUGGACUUUAGUCUUUGUUGCAUGUGGAUUGCUCAGGUAGCAUGAGCCAAAAUUUUAGUAGCCAUAAUCUUCAGGUGGCAGUGGCUGGUUUGCUCUUCUGAUUUGUUUUAGAGGGACAAAGUUAUUAUGCACCUAGAAUAC